AUGGCACUCCCCUUCAAACAUGGAAUGUCAGCGCCUAUAACGGCACAACAAUUUUUCAAGAGUUUCCGAGAAGCAUGGACGAAUAUCUUACCUCGGUAUCAGCGCCCGCCGCUGAAUCAUAUACCGCGCCGAAUAGGUAUCGCGGUCAGUGGUGGCCCUGAUUCCAUGGCUCUGGCAUACCUGUGUAAACAAUUGCAGGUCACCCGGCCCGAGCUCGAAUUGGAGAUGAAAGCAUUUGUUGUUGAUCACAAAUUUCGCGAAGAAAGUACUGAAGAAGCCCACAAGGUGUCAUCAUGGUUAUCCAAUAUGGAUAUCCUAUCAGAGGUAUUAACCCUAGACUGGGAAGCAGGGGAAACCCCAAAAAAGAAAAUGGCCUUUGAAACCCUAGCCAGAACAAAACGUUAUCAAGCACUGGGCAAAGCAUGCUUUAAGAACCAACUCAACACCUUAUUGAUAGGUCACCAUUUGGAUGACAAUGUCGAAACAGGAUUAUUGAGGAUGACACCCACGGCAAAACUUGAAGGGUUAGCUGGUAUAGCCCCCGUGGCACGUAUUCCCGAAUGUCAUGGAUUGUGGGGAGUAUCUGAAAGCGGAUCAUUCGAGACAAUACGAGGACGGCAACGGAGCUUUGAAUUUGAUCUCGACGAGGGCAAAUUGACUCAUUUCUCAGCGGAUGAUUGGAGUUUUACCAUGGCCACCGGGGGUAUAUUGCUUUGUCGACCGCUUCUACCUUUUUACAAAGCUAGUAUUUUGGAAACCUGUCGGGAGGCUAAUGUGCCCUAUGUGACGGAUCCGACGAAUUCUGAUCCUACGCUUACGAUGCGGAAUACGAUUAGGAGUUUACUUGAAUCUGAUAAAUUCCCACGUGCCCUUCGACCUGCUUCAAUGAGUGCGUUUUUGGCAAAUAAUCGCGUCUCCCUUCUUGAUAUCAUGAGUGAGACGGAUAAACUCCUUCGGGACUGCCAACUAUUGAAAUUCUACCCCAAUUCCUCGACAAUGGAAGUCAUAUUUCCGACGUUACCUGUUGAUUCACCAGAUGCGCAAAACAUUCGCAUCCUGGCUGCUGCACUCCGUCGUAUCACGAAUUUGAUCACUCCGCGUCCCGAAUUGAAAAAUCAAGCUCUUAGACUAUACGAGAGAUUCGCACAGGAUAUAUUUACAGGUCAGCAGAGAGACGAUUUCACUGUCGCGGGUGUACAUUUCAAACUGCAGGAAUCGCCUAAUAAUAAAGAGGGUGGUGUGCUCUUUGACAAUAUAUGGCACAUUUCGCGAACGCCGUUCAUGACGGGACAAGAACCUGUCCUUGAAAUCGAUAAUUUGAGCGAUGAAUGGUCUGCCCCGGUACUAUGGGAUAACCGUUUCUGGCUCCAGUUCCGACUCCAUCGCGAAUCAUCUGAUAAGCCGGAAUCCGGCUCUGCAGAAGCUGCAUCAUCAUCUGAUGCAGCCGCCGAUAAAAAUAUCUCAGAAUCCUACAAUCCACGCAUCACAAUCCGCCCCGUCAAGAAAGAAGACAUGAUCCACAUAAGCCAAUACUUAAAACGAAUCAAGAAAAACUUCCAAUUUGCGAAAUGGGCGCCGAGGAAUUCCCGCUUCACAUUACCCGUCAUCACAACAACGACACCAUUGCCAACUAACCCUAACAAGACCAUCGCAAUGAUAAACAGGAAAAGGAGAAAGACUGGUAUAUUGAAGAUUCAAGGUGAUGUUCCUCAAGAACGGUAUAUUGGGUUACCGACGUUGUAUUUCAUGGAUAUGCAGAGUCAGGAGGGGGAUGUUGGGGUCAAGGUUCAGUGUCGUUGGUGGUAUAAGCAAGUUGAUGCUGAGGCGUUGAAGUUGAUGAGUUGGCUGGCUGAGGAUCAUCAGGAGGUUGCUGGAUAUCAUGCCCAUUACUAG